AUGGCGGCAAGCCCCCAUCUAAAGAUGGAUCCCAGCGUGUCGCAGCAGACCACGACGCAAAGAACACCUCUGAACUCGUCGCAUGCCGCGCCCUCCAACUCAUCCGCUCCCAACAGCCACGCGGGCAGUUCUGGCUCAAACACCAGCGCUGCUCCCGGCCCAAUCCCCGCCACCACUCCACUUGUCGUACGGCAAGACAACAAUGGCGUGCAGUGGAUUGCGUUUGAGUAUUCGCGAGAUCGCGUCAAGAUGGAAUACACGAUCCGAUGUGACGUGGAGAACAUCAACAUCGAGAAUCUAAGCCAGGAAUUCAAGACUGAGAACUGCGUGUAUCCCCGCGCGUGCUGCACCAAGGAUCAGUACCGAGGGAACCGCCUGGUGUAUGAAACCGAGUGCAACGCCGUGGGAUGGGCGCUGGCGGAGCUGAACCCUUGUCUGCGCGGCAAGCGGGGGCUAAUCCAGCGCGCGGUGGACAGUUGGCGAAACAGUAAUCAAGACCCGCGGCUACGGAGUCGACGGGUGCGGAGGAUGGCCAAGUUGAAUAACAGAAAGGCGGUGUCGGCCCAACACGCCUCUCACCUGGCGGGCCCUGGUGCGUCUCCGCAGGGGCUGCCUGGUAGUGCUAGUAUGGGUGCGCCAACUGCGCUUUCGAUGGGGGGACCUCAACUUCAUCACCAUCAUGCACACCCUGAUGGUGGGCCGGGGCCGGAAGAUGUCAGCGGUAUGUUCCACCGGAUGUGA